UGACACCAUUGAUUCAUGGUUCACUCGAUACUCCAUCCCUUCAGAAAGAAAAGAAAAUGCGUAUACUUGAGAUUCACCCGGUCGACGAAUGCGACCUCCCGGCCUUAACCCGCAUCUUCUACGCGGGAUUCACCACAGCGAUCGACCAGCAGAUGUUCCCCGACACCCCUGGUCUUCGCGCCUGGUGGGCCGAUGCCAACCGCCACGAUAUCCUGCACAAGCCUGGCGUGCGUUUUCUGAAGGUCAUUGAUCGUUUUAUCACUCCCGCUGGCAGCGAUGUUGGCAACGGGGAUGGUGACGAUGACAGCGACAGUAACAGUAACAAUGCCGGCAACAACGAAAAUGUCAUCUCCUACGCGAAAUGGGAUCUGGACCCCUCGAAUCGCGGACGGCGCUUCCCCGAAUGGCAUCCCGACUCGGAUGCAGAAUUGUGUGAUCGGUUCUUCGGGGGAUGUGACCUUGUGCACAAGGAGAUUAUGGACGGGAGGGGGCAUUAUUACCUCGACAUGUUGGUGACGCAUCCUGCGCAUCAGAGACGCGGUGCUGCGACGAUGCUCGUGCGCUGGGGGUGUAAUUUGGCUGAUGAGACGGGGAUGUCGGUAUAUAUCGAUGCGACGCGCGCGGGGGCGCCGGUGUAUGAGAUGAUGGGGUUUGUGGUGGUGAGAGAGGAUGCGGAGGCUGGGUUGCUGAGUAUGGUGAGGGAGCCGAUGGGGGUAUAAGUUUUGUUGGGGAUUCUCUGGGCUGUGUCUGUUUGAGCUGCCUACAUUACCUACUGUAGUCAGAGACAUCUUGUUUUGUGCGGACUGGGCUCGUUGUGUAUCUCCAUUGCAUGGAACCACUGCAUAGAUCGAAGACACGCCCAAUCCAAUAUGUCACCA